AUGCUGGGUCAGGCCCGGCCAGAGCUCGGCCUUCGGGGUGGUGACUGUUCUGGGGGGCCCGCUGUGGCCCGGGGGCGCGGCGUCCACUUCGUGCAGCCGGGGGCUCAGGCGGGGCGCGCCCGGGGAGGGCCCGCAGCCCGGGAAGCGGAGGCUGCCUUGUCUCUGGCCGCCCGGGGCUUUCGCCAGAUAUUCAGAGCGUGCAGUGAAAUUCAUGCUGAAGUCCAGCUUAAGAAUUAUGGGAAAUUUCUUGAGGAGUAUACCUCUCAAUUGAGAAGAAUUGAGGACGCACUGGAUGAUUCAAUUGGAGAUGUUUGGGAUUUCAAUCUUGAUCCUAUAGCAUUAAAGCUUUUGCCUUAUGAACAGUCUUCCCUUUUGGAACUCAUAAAGACUGAAAACAAGGUCUUAAACAAAGUCAUCACUGUUUAUGCUGCACUUUGUUGUGAAAUCAAGAAAUUAAAAUAUGAGGCUGAAACUAAAUUUUAUAAUGGUCUCUUGUUUUAUGGAGAAGGAGCUACAGAUUCCAGCAUGGUGGAAGGCGAUUGCCAAAUUCAGAUGGGGAGAUUUAUUUCAUUCUUACAGGAACUGUCUUGUUUUGUUACGAGGUGCUAUGAAGUGGUGAUGAAUGUAGUCCAUCAGUUGGCUGCCCUCUAUAUCAGUAACAAGAUUGCACCCAAAAUUAUAGAGACGACUGGAGUUCAUUUUCAGACUAUGUAUGAGCACUUGGGAGAGCUGCUAACAGUUCUGCUUACCCUGGAUGAAAUUAUUGAUAAUCAUAUCACAUUGAAAGACCACUGGACUAUGUACAAAAGGUUACUGAAAUCUGUCCAUCACAACCCUUCAAAAUUUGGAAUUCAGGAAGAAAAACUAAAGCCAUUUGAAAAGUUCUUGCUGAAGCUAGAAGGGCAGUUACUUGAUGGAAUGAUAUUUCAGGCCUGUAUAGAACAGCAGUUUGAUUCUCUCAAUGGAGGAGUAUCUGUGUCAAAAAAUAGCACUUUUGCUGAAGAAUUUGCACAUAGUAUUCGCUCAAUUUUUGCAAAUGUAGAAGCCAAACUUGGAGAACCUUCUGAAAUUGACCAGAGAGACAAGUAUGUAGGAAUUUGUGGACUCUUUGUAUUGCACUUUCAAAUUUUUCGAACGGUUGAUAAAAAGUUUUAUAAGUCUUUAUUGGACAUUUGUAAGAAGGUACCAGCCAUCACUCUGACUGCUAAUAUUAUUUGGUUUCCUGACAAUUUUUUGAUCCAGAAAAUACCAGCAGCUGCCAAACUUCUGGAUAGAAAAAGUCUUCAAGCCAUUAAAAUAUACAGAGAUACUUUCCUACAGCAGAAAGCUCAGUCACUUACCAAAGAUGUACAAUCUUACUACGUCUUUGUGAGCUCAUGGAUGAUGAAAAUGGAAUCUAUUUUAUCUAAAGAGCAGAGAAUGGAUAAAUUUGCUGAAGACCUCACCAAUAGAUGUAAUGUUUUUAUACAGGGUUUUUUAUAUGCAUAUAGUAUUAGUACCAUUAUUAAAACCACAAUGAAUCUCUACAUGUCCAUGCAAAAGCCAAUGACCAAAACAUCAGUUAAGGCAUUAUGCAGGCUUGUUGAACUUCUCAAGGCAAUAGAACAUAUGUUCUACAGGAGAAGCCUGGUUGUGGCUGAUUCAGUCUCACAUAUAACGCAGCACCUUCAGCAUCAGGCUCUUAAUUCUAUUUCCGUGGCCAAGAAAAGAGUAAUUUCUGACAAAAAAUAUAGUGAACAGCGUCUUGAUGUGCUCUCUGCUCUAGUUUUGGCUGAAAACACUCUAAAUGGACCAAGCACAAAGCAACGACGACUUAUUGUUUCUUUGGCACUAAGUGUUGGCACACAAAUGAAAACAUUUAAAGAUGAAGAACUCUUUCCACUUCAAGUAGUCAUGAAAAAGCUGGAUCUUAUCAGUGAACUUAGAGAAAGAGUCCAAACACAAUGUGACUGUUUUUUUUUAUACUGGCAUCGAGCUGUCUUCCCAAUUUAUUUAGAUGAUGUAUAUGAAAAUGCUGUUGAUGCAGCCAGAUUACAUUACAUGUUCAGUGCUUUACGUGACUGUGUACCUGCUAUGAUGCAUGCAAGGCAUUUAGAGUCCUAUGAAGUACUUCUGGAUUGCUAUGACAAGGAAAUCAUGGCAAUUUUAAAUGAGCAUUUGCUGGACAAGUUGUGCAAAGAAAUAGAGAAGGACCUGCGACUUUCUGUGCAUACUCAUUUAAAGCUGGAUGACAGAAACCCUUUCAAAGUUGGCAUGAAAGACCUGGCCCUUUUUUUCUCUCUGAAUCCAAUUCGGUUUUUCAAUCGUUUCAUUGACAUUCGAGCUUAUGUAACUCACUACCUAGACAAGACUUUCUACAAUCUAACAACAGUAGCUCUUCACGACUGGGCCACUUACAGUGAAAUGAGAAAUAUAGCUACUCAGCGUUAUGGAUUGGUUAUGACCGAGGCACAUCUUCCUAGUCAGACUUUGGAACAGGGCCUGGAUGUCUUGGAAAUUAUGAGAAACAUUCAUAUAUUUGUGUCUCGAUACCUCUAUAAUCUCAACAAUCAAAUUUUUAUUGAACGAACAAGCAAUAACAAACAUUUGAACACUAUUAACAUUCGGCAUAUUGCUAAUUCAAUUCGAACACAUGGCACAGGAAUCAUGAAUACAACAGUUAAUUUCACCUACCAGUUUUUGAAAAAGAAGUUCUAUAUAUUUAGCCAAUUUAUGUAUGAUGAACAUAUCAAAUCCAGAUUGAUUAAAGAUAUUCGGUUUUUCAGGGAAAUCAAGGACCAAAAUGAUCAUAAGUAUCCUUUUGAAAGAGCAGAAAAAUUCAAUCGAGGCAUCAGAAAACUUGGAAUAACCCCAGAGGGACAAAGCUACCUUGAUCAGUUCAGGCAACUCAUCAGCCAAAUUGGUAAUGCUAUGGGCUAUGUACGGAUGAUAAGAUCUGGUGGCCUUCAUUGUAGCAGCAAUGCCAUUAGAUUUGUACCUGAUCUUGAAGAUAUUGUAAAUUUUGAAGAACUAGUAAAAGAAGAAGGUCUUGCAGAAGAAACAUUAAAAGCAGCUAGGCAUUUGGAUUCAGUCCUCAGUGAUCACACACGAAAUUCUGCCGAAGGCACAGAGUAUUUCAAAAUGCUUGUGGAUGUUUUUGCUCCAGAAUUUCGAAGGCCGAAGAAUAUACAUCUCCGAAAUUUCCAUAUCAUUGUUCCACCUCUGACCCUCAACUUUGUAGAGCAUUCCAUUAGUUGCAAGGAGAAAUUGAAUAAAAAAAAUAAAAUUGGAGCUGCCUUUACUGAUGAUGGCUUUGCCAUGGGUGUGGCUUAUAUUCUGAAGCUUUUGGAUCAGUAUCAGGAAUUUGACUCACUUCACUGGUUCCAGUCUGUUAGAGAGAAGUACCUGAAGGAGAUAAGAGCAGUUGCUAAGCAACAGAAUGUGCAGUCAACUAGUCAGGAUGAAAAACUACUACAAACCAUGAAUCUCACUCAGAAGCGACUGGAUGUUUAUUUACAGGAAUUUGAAUUGCUCUGUUUCUCACUGAGCAGUGCAAGAAUUUUCUUCAGAGCUGACAAGACUGCAGCUGAAGAAAACCAAGAAAAGAAAGAGAAAGAAGAAGAGACUAAAACAAGCAAUGGAGACCUGUCCGACAGCACUGUGUCUGCAGAUCCUGUUGUCAAAUGA